AUGACCUUCGUCUAUGUGCCUGAAGACCUGGAGUUGGGCCAGCAAGCUUUCCAGCUGAAGGCUAUUGACUUUGAUGGGGACCCGCUCACCUACAGCAUCAGUGGGCCGGAGUCCUUCUACUUCUCUGUCGAUGCCCAGACAGGCAGUGUGAUACUGAGGAACUCCCUGGACCGCGAGCACCAGGCCAGGCUCACCAUCACCGUCAGGGUGUUCGAUGGGACGAACGAUGCAGUCUCCAGAAAACUUGCCAUCAUUGUGGAGGACCGUAACGACAACGCUCCAGUCUUCCAGCACCUGCCAUAUGAAACCUUCGUCCCUGAGAACACGAAACCUGGCAGCAUCAUCUACACCGUGUUUGCCAACGACAUUGACACCGGGAACGCCUCCAAAGUCAGCUACAGCAUCGAGGAGGUGAUCCCAGACAACACAAAGAAUCGCUGGCUUUUCUACAUCCUGGCCAACGGGAACGUGGUGCUCAAUGGCUCACUGGACUAUGCCAAGAACACCUUCUACCAGCUCAAGAUCCUCGCCAAGGAUGGUGGGGGAAUGCUGCACAACGUGUUGACCUUCCAGAAUAGCUCAACCUACCUGUCCAUGACCAUCCUCGACCAGCCCAAUCUGGACCCACGGUUCCUCAACGAGCCCUACUCCAGCUCCGUACCCGAGAACUGCGCCCUGGGCACCACUGUGCUGACGGUCACCGCCAUGGACAGAGACACAGGGGUGAAUGAUGAAAUCUCCUACAGCAUCACCAAUGCCAGUGUCCCCUUUGCUAUCAGUUCCACGACGGGCACCAUCACUGUGAGUGGGCUCCUGGAUCGUGAGCAGCUGCCAGGCGAGGAGGUGCUACUGGAAGUCAUGGCGCGUGAGAUGCACCUGGACAUCCAUGGCAAGGUGGCCCUGGCCAGGACCCUGGUGGCAGUCACGGUGACCGAUGUCAAUGACAACAAGCCCCAGUUCUACCACUGCUCCCUUCCCAGCUGCAACUUCUCCACCAGUGCCCAGAACAACUUCAGGGGCAACAUCAUAGAGCACUCCUCCUCCAGACUGCCCGUGUCCAACCUCAGCAUCGUCGCCCACGACCCGGACAAGAGCAUCAACAGCAAUUAUGAGCUGUACCUGCAGGGUCCGAAUGCCAGCGCCUUCACUGUCUCCCCCACAAAGAUCGUGGGCACAGGGGAGGUCCAGCUCCUGGUUCAAGACCCAUCCUCUGUGGACUAUGAGAUAAGCCAUAUCAUGGUGGUGCAGAUCAUUGCAAAUGACACGGGAAACCCCGCAGACUGCUGCUCCACAGCCACUGUGACCAUCAGCCUCAUUGACAGCAAUGACCACAUCCCUGAGUUCCCCCAGAACACCUACAACCUGAGUGUGAUGGAGGGCAGCCCUGCUGGCACCGUCAUCUCCCCAAACAUCACGGCCUACGAUCCGGACAGUGGUGUCCUGGGCCAGAUCACCUACCAGCUGCUCCCGGAGAGCAUCCGUAAAAUCUUCAUGGUGAACGCCACGACUGGGGCAGUACUGGUGCAGAACGGGAGCUUGCUGGACCGGGAGACUCGCUCCAUCUACUAUGCCAACCUCCAGGCCAAGGAUGGGGGCAACCUGGUGGGCACCACAGUGCUGGAGAUCACUGUGCUGGAUUACAACGACAUGGCACCCAUCAUCACCGGCUCCUACUUCAUCUCAGUGGAAGAGGGGCUGAACAUCACAACGCAGAUCCAGGCUAUUGACAAUGACGAGCCUGGCAACCUCAACAGCAAAUUGGGCUUCAAGAUCUUGCCAGGACCAUUCAGCAACAACUUCACCAUCAACGCAUCCACAGGUGAGAUGCACAGCAAGGAGCCACUGGACCGCGAGGCCUUGGAAGACGAGCAGGGGCAGAUGGUGGUGACUGUGGAGGUGUAUGACCACGGCACACCACCACUCAGCACCUUGGUGAAUGUCACCAUCACUGUGGGGGACACAAACGACAAUGCACCCAUGUUCCUCAAACAGUUCUAUGAGUUCUCAGUCUUUGAAGACUCUCCAGAGUCCCUCGUGGGUGUGGUGGAGGCCACAGAUGCCGACCAAACAGACAUCAAUUCCCGCAUUUCCUUCCUGCUUCAGAGGGGUAGUGGCUCCAGCAACUUCUUGAUCCGCUCAUCCCGCCUAGGGCCAGGGCACUAUGAUGGGCAGCUGUCUGUGGACCCCGACAUGUCCCUGGACUAUGACACCCUGAAGCAGAAGUUAUUCUCCUUGGUGGUGCUGGCAGAGAACACAGCCGCAGAGAACAUGGGGGACACUGCCAAUGUCUCGGUGGUGGUCCACAUCCUAGACAUCAAUGAUGAGCCCCCCACUGUCCUGCCUUUCUCGCUGAAGGAUGUGCAUGUAAGCGAGAACGGCACGCAGCAGGGUCUGGUCCACACGCUGAUCGCCUCUGACCCAGACACCAACCACUCACUGGUCUUUGAGGAGCUGGCGGUCACCUGCUUCAAGGGGGCGAGCAGUGCCGGGGGGGUGUGCUGGGACUGGUUCGUGCUGGCACCCAAUGGCUCAGUGCUGGUGAACAGCUCGGACAUUGACUACGAACUGUGCGACAGGGUGGUGCUCACGCUGCGGGCUGAAGACCUGUACACCGAGAGGGGCAACCGCUACAGCCAGAAUGAAACCCUAAGGAUCCUCAUCACUGAUGUGAAUGACAACACGCCGCUCUUCCUGCCCAUCAUGGAGACCUUCGUGGUUGUCCCCGAAAUCUCUCCUGUGGACCUGCAAGUGGCUACCGUAAAGGCCACGGACGGUGACUCAGGGCUGAAGGGAACCAUCAUCUUCUCCAUUGUCAGUGUGGUGCUCGUGGACGACAACGGGGUCAGCCGGCCCUUCGAGAACCUCUUCAAGGUGGUGACAACGCCUGAGCAGGACAGCUAUGUCGGGAGCAUCCAGGUGGCCAGCAACCUCGAUGGCUCACUGAAGGGGCAGUACCAGGUGACAGUGGAGGCUCAGGACCGUGAGGCACCAGUUCACACAGCACAGACCAUGCUGAACAUCUUUGCAGUAGAUCAGAGCUACCGCAUUCGCCUCCAGUUCAUGACAACGGUGGAUGAAGUCCAGAGUAACUCUGAAAAUAUCAAAGUGGCCCUGACCACCGCAACUAAGGCAGGGGUCUACGUGGUGGCCAUCCGGACCAUAGAGGAGACCCGUGCCGCCCAGGUGAAAGCCAAGUCAGUAAUGGAGGCGUACUUCGUCUACAGCAACGGCACUGCCCUGGACGUCAACCAGCUGAGCGUGCUCAUACAGUCCAACCCGCUGGUCCUGGCUGAGCUGGUGAACCUGGGCCUGGCCGUCAUUGGCCCCGGGGAGGUGGCAAAGCCCACCAGGGAGACAGAGCUGAUUGGCAUCAUCGCAGGGCUGGCAGCGUUCCUGCUCAUCUUCAUCCUCAUCAUAACCCUGGUCUUGAUUCUCACCACCAGGAGCUACAAGAGGAAGCUGAGUGCGAUGAAGGCUCUGAAAGCAGCCACAACGUUCAGCCCUGCCGUGGCACAGCAGGGAGCCGGCAUCCCCGGGACCAACCAGUACAAUGCAGAGGGGGCCAACCCUAUGCUGAACCUCUCGCUCAAUCCCUCCCACGACCUGGGCUUUCAUGAGGACUCCAUCUCUGUAGCCAGCAUGAAUUCCCUGGAUGAAAACACAGUAAAUGCACCUGGGGACAACAACCUCAAGGCCAAGCAGGGCAAAACACAGCUGACAGACCCCAGUGACGAGGAGGUGCUGGUGGCCGCCCUGAACCUGAAGGAGCCCACCAAAACAGCAUACAUCAACACCACCUUCACCACCACAGACUUGUGA